GAGGCUAAUAAACCCUUUGGAAGAGGCAAAAACCCCCAGAACACAGAUUCUUUUGUCUUUUUUGUGUUAAAUUCUUCAUCUUUCUCAUUCUUGGUGCUGAAAAUUGGAGAAAAUGGCAUUGGGUUUGUUAAUGGGGAUAGGGAGGGCUUUCAGAAAGAAGAGUACAGCAUCUCUUGACAUUCUCACAGCCAAAAGGGGUCCAAGAAAUUACUACAAAGGAAAAAAUUGCAAGCCCACUGGUUUCCAUACUUGUAAAGGUGGUUAUGUUCUUGUGCAAGAAAAACUACCAAAUUAUGUAGUUCCAGAAUUGUCAGGUUUUCAGCUGAAGCCAUAUGUAUCUCAGUGUGCAAGACAAAGUAAAACUACAGAGGCUGCAGUUUGAGACACUAAGCGGAAUGCGCUUUUGCUCAAACAACCAUUACUAAUGUUUGCGCUUCAGAUAUUCAAUAUGCACCUAGUUUUUGUAAGGCAACUUCCCGUUUUAUACGUUCAUUCCUUCUUAUAUUUGAACGUUUAUGUUACCUGCACUGAUUAGAGAGGAAUGCCCCUGCAUUCACGUAAAUUGUUGCAUUAAGGUGGUGCCAUUAGUACCAGCCAAAUCGUCGUUCUUUUUAUUAGACCUUGCUCCUUGUGCAAUGAAAUAAUGAAUGUUUCGUCAUUCCUUCUUGUUUAUAUUAUCUUAUAACGUGAAAUCGUGGCCAUGUGCUAUACGAGAACAAUUAACCGAUGAUUAUUAUAGAGAAUUCGUUGGUAGAACAUGAAGAAUUGGUAGAAGAAGGGGCACUCGGGGAAUGAAUGAGAAGAUCGAAAAGUUGGAAGAAGAAAGGAGUAGUUAGUAAUGGUGUUAAUCUAUAUGUAUGGAUCCUUUUGUUAUGUAAGUUUCAAGCCUUCAUAUUUUUCA